UCAAGCUGUUCGCUCUGUCACCGCUCAGUGUGUCACGUCCUUCUAUACAACAUGAUCGGCCGCUCGCAGCACGUCUCUUGGAGGUAUUCGCAUAACCGGAUUUUAAUCCCACUCGCAGUAUCGAUGGAGAAUCGAAUGUAUGCCUAUGAAAAUCUUAACACUCAGGCCCCGAGUGACCGAGCAAGAGUGAGAAAAAAAUUCGUUUUAUUGGGAGUGAGCGCGGCCACGUUUCUGGGCAUUCUUAUAGCUAUCGUGGUGGUCCUUGUCACGCGCACUUCGGGAAUCAAGUGCGGCCCAAAGUUCAUCAGUUCCUCGAAACUCGGCCAUUACAAGAAGAGCGCUGUAACGACAAAUGGUCAAGAAUGUGCGGCAAUCGGCGCCAAUAUCUUAGCUAAGAAUGGUUCGGCAGUGGACGCGGCUAUAGCGGCGCUCCUCUGCGAAGGCAUCGCGUCUUUACACAGCAUGGGCUUGGGUGGUGGAUUUCUCAUGACGAUAUGGGACGCGAAGACCCAGAAGGCGGACUUUUUGGACGCAAGGGAGACCGCACCGUUAGCUGCGACGGAAGACAUGUACGACGGCAAUGCCGACUUAGCUACAUAUGGUGGUUUGGCGGUCGCGGUGCCUGGUGAGCUCAUGGGUUAUUGGGAGGCACAUCAGAAGUACGGGAAUUUGAAUUGGGCUGAGUUAUUCGAUCCCGCGAUUGAAUUAUGCCUGAAGGGAUCGAUCGUGAACGAUUAUCUCGCCGCUUAUCUGCGCGAAAAGGGGCCUAUGAUAAAAAAGGAAAGCACUUUGGCAGAAAUACUCAUAGAUCCUGCCACUAAUGAACCGUGGAUCGCAGGAGACAGAAUAAAACGACCAAAAUUGGCGAAGACACUGACACAGUUAGCCAUUCAUGGUCCUAAUAUAUUUUACAACGGCUUCAUGACUGACGAGUUGGUGAAGGAAAUAACGAGAUUUAAAGGGAUAAUCACGAAACAGGAUUUCCAGACGUACAGGGUCAAAUGGAGGCAACCGAUCGUGCUGAAAGUAGCAAACAUGACGAUUUACAGCGCCCCGCCGCCAGGUUCGGGUGCGAUUUUAACGUUCAUAAUAAACGUCCUGCACCGGUUGAUACCGGUAAAUAAUGAGCACAUAAUGUGGCAGCGUAUGGUGGAGACAUUCAAAUGGGCUUAUGCAAGAAGAACCGAGCUGGGAGAUCCUGAAUUUGUCGAUGACAUAAGCGCGGUGGUAGCCAACUUGACGUCCAACGAUUACGCGGAUAUGAUACGGGAAAGGAUAAGGGACGACUCCACGAGUCAGGAUCCGAGGGAAUACGGCGCCAUCACCGAAGGAAUAGAAGACUCAGGGACUGCUCAUGUCUCCGUCCUCGCUCCAGACGGCUCCGCCGUUUCCGUCACGUCGACCAUUAAUCAAGUGCUCGGCGCGAUGAUACGCUCGAACUCCACCGGUAUAAUAUUUAACGACGAGAUGGACGACUUCAGUUCGCCCAACAUAACCAACGGCUUCGGACUCCCGCCGUCACCGGCGAACUUCAUCCGACCUGGCAAACGGCCACUGAGCUCGAUGUGCCCAUCUGUGGUGCUCGACGCGAAAAACAACGUGAGAUUAGUGAUAGGUGCGGCGGGCGGCACGAAAAUCACAAGUGGCGUUGCGAUUGGAAUGAUUUUGAAUCUUUUCAAUGGCUACAAUAUAAAGGAGGCAAUUGACGCGCACCGACUUCAUCAUCAAUUGUUACCAAUGAACGUGCAGAACGAGCACGAUUUCUGCGAAUCUACGUUGAGUUAUUUGAGGAAAAUCGGACACAACGUCACCACCUUCAGUGGGAUUGGCAGCGCGAUCACGGGUAUAUCCAAAGAAAAAGGAUAUAUAACCGCGAACUCGGACUAUCGCCGACAAGGAAGGACGGCAGGAUUCUAGAAAUGACGUUCCUUACGUUCUACGCGGUCGACCUUGUAACGCUGGGAAUUUUUCUGCACUAUCGCAAUUCUUCACGACGAGUAAACUACUGUUGCCAGUGAUUUCGAGCCCCCUUACGUCUACGCCCGCUCUCUGUGGCAUAGAAUCUCUAUCGUCAUGUGCGUCGUUCCGAGAAAAAGAAAGAAAUAGUGCAGAGCAAUGCAUAAGGUGCUUAUCGAAGUUGCAAAGUCAUCCACGUAGGAAAUGCGCGAUAUUAGACAAUUUUUAUACGUAAAUAUCGAAUUUGACUUCUAAUUUUAUGAUUAUUUCAAAGUGAUACAUACAUUUACAUAUAUAUAUAUAUUUGUCAAAGCGAAUUGUUCGAGUCUAAUUGCUGUAACGUGUGUCACACUGACUCGAAAUACCCAUAAUUAUUUAUCUCUUUGUUUUAUUGUUGACCCGCGACACGCGAUAAUACGAUAAUAUCGAUAAACGCAAGGAUAGUGUAAUUAGUUUGCGUAUGUGUUUCCCGUUUGGCUGUAAAUACUUAACACAGUUGCGACAGACCGCAAGUGCAUGCAUGCAUUCGUAUUGUUAUCGUUUCACGGAUCAUCACAUUUAUAUAUUUCACAAUAUAUUUUUUUUUUUUAAAUAUGGAUCAUAUCUCCGCGAGCACAAGUACAAAUUAACACUUAUCAUCUCUGGAUUCUUCGCGAGCAGUAUUUUCCUAGAGCAAAAAUAUAACAGAACAAUCGUAUAUACCAAUAGUCAGUAAUGUAGGAUCCUAUCUUGGAUAAUGUACAGACACUUAGCUGUUCGUAGAUCCUACGAGUAGAGUAAAGGCACCAAAAGCGACAUAUCACUUUGUUUUUGAAGGUUAUGCUUAAUGUGAAGCUCAAAAUAUAAAUAUAAAAUAGAGUUCAAAGAAAAUGGGUGCCAAAAACGACAUAUUGGAAGUUAUAUAACAUGUUGCAUAUAUGAUAAUAUUUGAUAAUAAAUAGUUUGUUAAUGCGUUUAAUGGUUGAAUAAUAUUCAUUUUAUUUAAAAGCAAUAUUUAUUUUAGUGUUCACUGAUAUAUAUAAUUACAAAUAAUUAUUGAAAAUAAUUUACAUUUAUAUUAUUGCAGCAGAGUAAGUUCAUAUACAACACAUGUCACUUCACAAUGUGAGGUUAGAAUUAGAUUAUGUUAGUCACAGACUAUCGUAGCUAUCGCAUUCUAUAGGUAUGUCACUUUAAAACAUUCUCAUAAAAUUUUUCAAGUUACACAGUAAAAAAGUGAUAAAGAUUAAAAUAUUCAAAAAAUAUUUGUACAAAAGCUAAAUGCAUCUAGAAGAACUUAAUGUUGAACAAAAAGAUAAUUAUCGAUGUUUAGUUUACGUAAUUCGGCAAUAAAAAUCAUAGAAAUAAAACUUGCGAAUUUCUAAAACUCAAUAUUUGCUAAUUUAGCAUAUAAAAGAACAAGAAAUAUACCAAGUAUGACUUUUUUAUGACUUCACUGGUAAAACGAAUUACGUUUAUAAUAGUUUCGAUAAAAUACAACAUUUCAUAUAUGAGAUAUAGAGGUGUGUCGUUUUAGGAGGCCUAUGUCGCUUUUGGCUACUUUCCUCUAACCUAGUAGAUCCUAGGUAACGAAAGUGAAAUAAGUAUUGCGUGUAACCGCGCUAGACAAUACCGUGCAAUAUUGUCAUAUGUGAUAUACGCUCUUGUGUAAUAAAAGAUAAAACCGAUUAUUGUUACGUUUGAAUAAAUAUUGAUAUUUAAAUAUA